AUAUACAACUCAAUUGAAAGACACCUGCAAUAAGUGUUAUUAUGAGUACACACAGAAAAUACAUACCGGAUCUUUUGAUCAUGACAAAAGACACCGAUCCGGAUCUUCGUUUUAUGGCAUUAAACGAUCUUGAAAAGGAGAUGACUAAUUCGUCUGUCAAUGUAAGUUGCAACCAAAUACUUGCAUACUCGGAGAUUCUAUUGAAAUGCUUAGACGAUGAAUUUUCAGAAGUGAGAACACAAUCACUCAAAUGCUUUGAAUCGGUUUCUUUCAUAUUAGGUCAGGAUAUUUUGCCGUUGAUCAGAGAGUUAUCGAAGAAAAAGCCAAAAAAAAUAUCUAUCACCUCAACUAUUUAUACAAUGGCAUUGCACAACAUAUUGAAAAACCUGCCACCCAAUGAGGAGCUUUAUACAUCUGUUGUAGGUAUACUUCUUCCCGAACUACUGGAAAAUAAGCGGCGAUUUUUUACUGAGAUCGAUUAUAUCGAAAUUCUGAACGAUAUAGCCACCUAUAUUGGCAAUUCCAUGACCAAGAAGCAAAUUUCUGAUACGCUAUCAUUUCUCAAUGAUGCAGCUUUUAAUGCAGAUACUAUAAUUGCAAAAAAGUCGAUUUUGGCAUGCAAUGUCUUGGUUAAAAACAUCGAUGAUGACUUGACCAUUUCUGCAUUUAUAGAUAACCUUGCUGAGAUGUAUGAACGCUCAAAGAACUCAAUAGAAGGAAAAAUAACGUUUUUGUCUAUAUUUGCUGCAGCUGUGUCUGGAAAUCCAGGUUUGAUGUCGAAUCAUAUUACACAAAUUUGGGAUUUUCUUGUUCAAUGUCUACAAAUCAACGAGAUUCAAAAAAUCGACGAUGAUUAUGAAGCUCAACAGAAAUUUGAUAUGCUCAGGCUAGAAUCCAUGAAAGUCUUGGUAAAAGUAUUUACCUUCUGCAAAGGGGAGAGCGUUGAUACAUUGGUUGUGGAUGCAUUGUCAAUAUGUCAGCUUUUCGUUUCCUACAAUCCCUACAAAGCUGGGGAAGCCAAUUUCGAGGAGGACGAUGAAUCAUUGAAUGAUGACGAAGCUGAGAGUGAAUACACUGAUGACGAUUAUAGUGAUUAUCAGCAAGAUGAUGACGAUGAUGAUAACGAUGAUUUUUCGUGGAAGUUGAGGGUAGAAUCAUUUUCACUUUUAACUUCCAUCAUACAGAACUUUCCUAUUAAGUUACCGCUUAUUUUCAAAUAUAACUUCAACUCUUUGUUGAAUAGGUUAACAAAGGAGACAAAUAAAGUAGUACUUACCGCACUUGUUGAAACUUUGGCAUACAUAUUUGAAUCUUCAAGUAGUGAAGGUGUAUACUACAGUCUAUUAUCCUCAAAAACGAUGGCUGAAACUACAACUGGCAGAAGAUUCAGUGACGUAAGUAUGCAAACAGAUGAAGACCCGUACACUGUAUUGCUUGGACAGAGCAAUCAAGUUUGUGAUUACGUCGCAGAGUUCACCGAGAAAAAUCAAACUGUUGCAAUUGAAAGAAUGGAUUUAACGCUAAAACUGUUGGCGAAGUUAACGAUUGCAUUAGGUGGGCUAGAUCCAAAGUAUAUUCAACUGUACGUUGUCUCCUUAAAUAAGGUAUGGACCAGUUUGGUGGGCACUCCUGAGGCAUUUUGUUUUUUUUCAGCACUACUAAAAUACGAUUCACUUGAGAGCUUUGGAAAUGGUUUGCCUUGCUUGAUUGAAUACCUGAAAUUUUGCCUCUCGAAUGAUACAAAUCAUAGACUAGUUAUCGAUGGCUUAAAUCUCGUUAAUGAAAUUUUCGAUAAACAUUUAUCAGAAUGUCCUUCGAGACAGGAAAUAAUGGCACAGCUGGUAAACUCAUUCACCGGUCAGCUAUUGGAAAAAAUAAGCAAUAAAACGUUGUCCACUGAGAUUAGGUUGCAGUCGCUGAGUGCUAUUGUUUCUUUGAGUUGUAAAAUUUCUAUGGAAACUGAUAAAAAACAUCAAAUUUUAGAAAUGUUCACGCAAACUAUCUCAACUGAGGUUUUAGCCUACAAUACUUUGAAUGCAAUUGCCAAAGUAGUUAAAGCAAGUAAAAUUUUAGAUGCGGUUACUUCUGGCUGGGUAAAGACGAUCUUGGAUUAUGCACUCGAAUAUUUGAGCAUGUCAGAAUUCAAUAAUGCGUCAUUAAAAGUCAUCAAAGAGUUUUCUCAGGCACAAUUGUUAGAUCUUGAAGAUGGCCAAAGAAUUCUUUACUAUCUAGGCAAACUACACUCUGAGAAGAUGUCAAGUUCUUCAAAUUGUGUUGAUAUUGGAAUAAUUAUGGCUCAGGUCCUGAAAAGAGUCAACGUCGCCAAUGAUCUAAAACUUACAGUAUCUAUUGUCGUUGAUUUAUGUGCGUACGAUAAGGUUGAUGAUGUUUUGCCAGCUUUAAUGAGCCAGCUUUUGAAGCAAAAUUCAGAAGAAAAUUUAACCCAAUUGAUUCAACAAUUUGGUAAAACUACAGAUUUCAAAAUUUCCAAAAUGUUGGCAGUUUUGACGGUUGUAUCUCAGAACGAUAUAUCAAUUGGAAACAUUCUUGAAAAUCUCAAAAAUGGGAGAGAUCUAUAUUUCUCUCUCAUCUUCCUCAACCAAGUGUCUAAGUCGAUUGAUUUAAAUAUUGGUUUAGAACCAUUUUUAAUGCUAUUCUCAUCUCAAAAACAAAAUAUAGUCAACAUGUCGGUCAAAACUGUGUCUACGAUUGUCUCCAAACACUCAGCGAAAUAUCUACGUGAAUUUUUGAAUUAUCUGAGACAGACGACGUUUUUGACACCUUCAUCCAAAUGUUUAGCAUUGAUAUUAAAUAAUAUACACGUGACUAAUGAAGAAGCAGGAGAAAUUCUUCAGAUUAUUGUUGAAAUAGAAAAGGGCUUAACUAUUAAAGUGGAAGAGAAUACAGGUUACGAGAAUGUUGCAAGUUGUCUAAGUAAUUUAAUUGUUGAAUAUGGCCUACUUGAAAGCAUACUUUCUAUUCUGGCUGAGUCCCAGCCUUCUAUAAGCAACCUAGCCAUCACAAUUGGAAGUACACCUAAAUUUACAUUUACUAACGAGACAUUUUUAGAGGAAACUAGUCUUCAAUUAUUGGUCAGAUAUGCUGAGCAAACAACCAGUAACUAUAUUUUCAGCAAUAGUCUAAUGUUUAAAGAAGCUGGAAUAUCCAACCUCAAUCUAUUUAUGAGCAAAAAGGCCAAUAUCGCGAUCUCAUUAAUGACUAAGAUGAUACCGAAUAUUAUGGAAAGUGAAAUAAAGGCUAACAAAGAAUAUAUUCGCACUCAAUUUAUAGGGCCAUACAAACACAAAAUUGACGACGGAUUAAAUUACCGUAAACAAAUAUUUGAGUCUAUCUACUAUCUUUUCAAAACAUUAGAAGAUAAUAAGAGUUUGGUGUUUUUGUGCAAUGUAAAAUGGGCAUUGUACUUCAACAAAUUUUUUGAAUGCGGUAUAAAGGAUGAUCAAUCUAUCGCAUCUGUCUGUUUGCUUACAACGCUCAAACUUUUUGAGAGAGAGCCUUACAUUUUUGGUCAAGACAUAGGCGAUGUUGACAUUUUCGAAGGUUUCAUUACUCGGAAUCGUAAAGCUUUGAGUAAAAAGAUCGCAGAUAACGCGGUCAAACAAGACAUCGAGAAACAAAACAACUUGAUAAAAAUGAUAAUACGAUUCCUAAAAAAGACAGAUUUGUUGAUUGAAAAUAACAAGCUUGUUUUGGGUGGUAAUCAGAGAUCUACAUGGAAGGCGUUCAUCAAUGAAGUUAGAUCAAAGUUUCCUAUCUUCAAUGCUGAAGAUUAGUAAAUUUUUAUGACACCAAAUUUUUUUCAACACAGCGAAUCCAUUAGUCCAUUCCAAAAAAUGUUCGAACUUGCAUCUCUAUGUAACAUGUAUAAAAAAUGUUUCUCCACUACUAAAGUGAGUAGCGUGCACAAUGUAAUACAUAUAAUUUAGGUUGAUAAAGUCG